UCGCCGCUUGGCACGUCCGUGUUGCAGUGCUGUCAACUCGGAUUUUGGUUACUUUGAAAUCUCUUCGUUUAUUUUCAUGUAAAAAUCCCUUCCCGUGCCGCGCGUUUGUUGUUGUCGUUUAUUCCUUAACCGCCGUCGUCGCUCGCGUGGAAUUGAGAGAACGAUGCCGAGGUUCGCGCUCAUCCUCGCUUUCAUUUGCGCGGCGUCCGCGGCCGAAGUGAGACGACCUCGCGGCGUGUCCGUGACGAAGCGUCCGCUUUAUGAUGAGACCAAGGAUUUCACGUGCCUUGAUGGCUCCAAGACCAUGCCCUUUGACCGUGUGAACGAUGACUACUGCGACUGCAAGGAUGGCUCCGAUGAACCAGGGACGUCGGCAUGCCCCAACGGAAACUUCCACUGCACCAACGCGGGCUAUCGUCCGCAGAACAUCCCCUCCUCGCGCGUCAACGACGGCAUUUGCGAUUGCUGUGACACCACGGAUGAAUACAACAGUGGUGCUGUCUGUGAGAACACGUGCAAGGAGCUGGGCCAGAAGGACCGAGAGAACAUGGCCAGGCAGGCGGAGGUGGCGGCCGAGGGCUUCCGCAUCAAGCAGCAGCUCAUGGAGGAGACGAAACGCGGCAAGGAGGAGAAGCAGAAGAAGUUGGAGUCGCUGAAGGAUGCGAAGCAGGCUUGGGAGGACAAAGUGCACGCCUUGCAGCAGCAGAAGGAGACGGUGGAGUCGCCGGAAAAGGAAGCCAAGGAGAGGCAUCAGGCAUCGUGGGAAGAGAUGAAGGAAGCCCGACGCAAGGAGGUGGAGAAGGAGAAGGCGGGAGCAGCAUUCUCCAAACUGGACGAAAACUCGGAUGGGUUCGUUUCCGUGCAGGAGUUGCAGGCCCACAAAGAGCUGGAUGCAGAUGAAGACGGGGAGGUCUCAGAGGUUGAGGUGCAGACUUUUCUGGGAGGAGCUGAGACGGUGGACCUGCAAGGAUUCGAGGAGUCGGUGUGGGCUGGCAUCAAGGAGAAGCUGAGACUGGAGGGCGACGUAGGCGAGUCGCCGCCUCCGCCGCCUCCCGCGGAGCCCGCGGCGCCCGAGGAAGGCGCCGAGCCCUUCCCGGACCACCGCUACGACGAGGUGGACGACGAACCCAGGGAGGACGUGGACGACGACGUGGACGACGAGGUGGACGAUGAGGUGGACGAUGAGGCCGGCGACGAGACCGACGAGGACGACGCGCACCACGUGGAGGACGACCUCAAGGAGCGAGACCCUCAGGGAGACAAGCAGGACACGCUGGACGAUGAAGACAGGAUGCCUGCGUUCGAUCCGGACACACAGGCACUCAUUGACGCUGCGGACAGGGCACGGGAAGAACUACGGAUAGCAGAGAAGUCACUCCGAGAAGUGGAAGACGACAUCAGGAGCUUGGAGAAGGAACUGGGUUUGGACCUCGGGCCGAAUGGCGAGUUUGCGUACAUGUACGGCAAGUGCUUCGACAUGACCACCACCGAAUAUGUCUACAAGCUGUGCCCGUUUGACAGAGUCACACAGAAGCCCAAGAAUGGAGGCAGCGACACCAGCCUUGGGACGUGGGGCUCGUGGGUGGAGAGCGACGGGAAUAAGUACGGCUCCAUGAAGUACGAGCACGGCAUGUCGUGCUGGCAGGGGCCGAACCGCUCCACCAAGGUGAAGCUGUCUUGUGGAAAGGAGACGGUGGUGGUGUCCACGUCGGAGCCGUCGCGCUGCGAGUACCUGAUGGAGGUGCAGACGCCAGCGCUGUGCCAGGAGAUGGCGGGAGGAGACAAGUGGGCUGACAAGCACACGGAGCUGUGAUGCUUCUCUUCAGGUCGCUGGAAGAGUUCGCACGUGGGGAAGGUGUCGGUCGUUUUUCUUUUCCAAGGCAACGAAAUUGUCCCUCAUUCCACUCAGAUUCGUGUUUCCUCAUGAUACAAUUCUACAUCUCGAGUGACUGGUCGCCACACAGUCAAGUCCAUUGCACUGAAUCGAGCUGCUAUGCUCCGCACGACAAGUCAGCAGACCCAAGUUAACAUUUUCCAAGUGUUUUGUGUUUGUUUUGUUUUUAGCAUACAGGCAUGUUUAUUUGGUCAAAAUAUGCCCAUACCGCUUUGCUGACUUAAUUGUGAAGUAAGACAAGAAAUUUAAAUUAAUUGUGUUUUAGUCAAUUCGCCUGGCGCACUUGUGUAAGUAAUCGAGACCAAAAUGACAGUGGUUUUGACUUUCACCGAGUCGCAGACUACCACUGUACCACCGUAAGCCAUUGGUUGCCCGUAUGCUUUGGUGGGGGAGGCCACGGACACGCACGCACACAACACACACAACACGCACACAACACACACACAACACGCACACAACACGCACACAACACGCACACAACACACACACAACACGCACACAACACGCACACAACACACACACAACACGCACACAACACGCACACAACACGCACACAACACGCACACAACACGCACACAACACGCACACAACACGCACACAACACGCACACAACACGCACACAACACGCACACAACACGCACACAACACACACACAACACACACACAAUGUGGAUUGCAGCGGUGUUGAGUAAUAAAUGUUCAUGAAGAUGCCUUAGCGUUGCCUAAGAUGGUGAAAUUUUUUUUUACGCUACUAAGUCAAAACAUUUUGCGCCUCUGUUCUCUCCAGCAAGCACUUGGGGGUGGGGGGGGCGGUGCUGAUGCUCAUCUUCAUUGGUAGCCUCCAGCAACUGGUGGACAUCCCACGUCACAAUGUUGGGCUUCAGUCUCAACCAUGGGGUGCCCAAGAUUGACUUUCCACAGAGCGGUACUUUGUUUUAUGGAUCCCUGGAUGGAUGAUGGGUUGUUAUGGAUGCUCGCUGAGGAUUUGAACUUGUGACCUUAGGAUUGUUGGUUGAAUUCUGGAACCCCCACAGUGCCAAUCCAUUGGCCAAAUAUUUCAAAAGCUUCUUAUUAUGCAUGAAUGACUUACGGCUUCUAAUCAUGGUGAGAGUUUACACAUUUACCAUCAGGAUAAUUUUCCAUUUAAUUCUUACCUCGUCAGCAUCAUCACCAUCAUCUUCCACCCUUCGCAUCCCGUCAGCAUCUUAGAUCCAUCCUAUCUUCAUCAGCGUCAUCUUCCAAUGUCAGUAAUGUUAGCACCACUUUUGUGAGCCUCUACCACUUGUCGGGAUAAAUACAAAUUGGAUGGCUUACGGAGGAUCUCGUCACCCUGUUAUUGGAAUAUGGAAUUUCCACCACUGGCUCAAGACCGCGAACUUGCCGCUACGCUUUUGCCCCAGAGCUCGUUGAAAAUCGCCAGCGACCAGUUGGCCCCAACGUCCGAUCUUCCCCCGUCGGUGAAUAAAAACUAUUUUUGUUGUUCAUUUAGUGAAGUUGUAAUCAGCCUGCGUGCAGUCUACCCAGAGCGCCGACUAUUAAAAUUUGUCACGGCGUAAUGAAGACGCGUAGGGGCAGGUGUGGGGUUUUUUUCCCUUUUAAAGAUAAUGGUUGGACCUGCAAUCCUAAACUUGCAUUCCUUUAAUUUUGUGGUUAAUGUCGCACAUCUGUUGACGAAAAAAAAUCAAAUUUCAGACCACUUUGCAGUUUUACCACCCCCUUGAAUAUCCUGUGAACCCUUCGGUGUGUGAGACUGCUUUUGCUGGCGUGCGUGUUCUGUUCACGGGAAAUCCAAUUGUUUUGUCGAGUCCGGGUAUCGAUCUGGCACUGGUGUAGCUCUGUCGUCCGUUGAUUUGUGGAAUAAAUGUCGAUGCUGGUGGGGUAAUUGCUCCAGUGAA